UUGUAGCCACAGUCCCUUGUGGAGAAAGCGAGAGGACUGUUUUGCAGGUGUGAGGCACUCUCCGUUGACUUGAAUUGGGUUUACGUCGUCCCGCCAACUAGACAUUUCAGAAAUAACGGUAUACGUCUGAGCGGAUUGUAGUACUAUUUUUGGUGCUUUGAAGACAAAAACACCUUCAGGUUUCAGGGUGAACCGUCAUGACGACAGAACCGGGUUCUGAGUCCAGUGCGGACCAGCAGGAGACCAGUGUGGCUCCACCCCCCCUGGAGGCGGACUCCUUCCCCCCAGCCGCUGCCCACAGCACCCCCGUUAGGAAGGAGCAGAACGGUGAGAGAGUGGAGGGAAGCGUGGUUCCGCAAGGGAAUCAGCUUGACCCAUCGCAAGUGGACGAGGACAGGACUUCCCACAGGUCAUCCACCAGCAAGCUGUCCAGGUCCCCUGGUGGAGGCCGGAGUGUCCGGAGCUACAGGAACAUGCAGUGCAAGGUUACCCUGCUGGAUGGCACUGACUACACCUGCCUGGUGGAGAAACGGGAGAGAGGUCAUGUGCUAUUUGACAAAGUCUGUGAGCAUCUGAACCUCCUGGAGAAAGACUACUUUGGCAUCACUUUCCGGGACGUUGAAAACCAAAAGAACUGGUUGGAUCCAUCCAAGGAAAUGAAGAAACAGAUCAGAGGAGUUGCUUGGAAUUUUUCAUUCAAUGUGAAGUUCUACCCUCCAGACCCUGCCCAGCUGUCAGAGGAUAUUACAAGAUAUUACCUGUGCCUCCAGUUGAGGGAUGAUGUGGUGUCGGGCCGUCUACCUUGCUCCUUCGCUACCCACACAGUGUUAGGCUCAUACACCGUCCAAUCAGAGCUGGGGGACUACGACCCAGAGGAGUCUGGGAUUGACUAUGUCAGCGAGUUCCGCUUCGCCCCUAAUCAGACCAAGGAGCUGGAGGAGAAGGUCAUGGACCUGCACAAGAAUUACAAAGGAAUGACGCCAGCUGAGGCUGAGAUGCAUUUCCUGGAGAAUGUGAAGAAGCUGUCCAUGUACGGAGUGGAUCUUCACCAUGCCAAGUUGGUAGGAAGCCUGUUUGAGUGCUUGUCUCCAGCUAAGGGCGAGGACUCUGAGGGUGUUGAGAUCAUGCUGGGCGUCUGCUCCAGCGGCCUUCUGAUCUACCGUGACCGGCUGCGCAUCAACAGGUUCGCCUGGCCCAAGGUCCUCAAGAUCUCUUACAAAAGGAAUAAUUUCUACAUCAAAAUACGCCCCGGAGAGUUUGAACAGUUUGAAAGCACAAUCGGGUUUAAGCUUCCCAACCAUAGAGCUGCCAAGAGACUGUGGAAGGUUUGCGUGGAGCACCACACCUUCUUCAGGUUGGUGUCUCCAGAAACUCCUCCCAAGAAGUUCCUGAAUCUGGGUUCUAAGUUCCGCUACAGCGGUAGAACCCAGGCCCAGACACGACGAGCCAGCGCCCAGAUUGUGCGCCCGGCGCCCCGCUUCGAGCGCUCCACCAGUAAGCGCUACAUCAUGUCACGCAGCCUGGACGGAGCUCCAGAGAGUACACCCAAAAGGAGUUCACCCAAUAGAGGUUCACCCAAAAGGAGUACACCCCAAAAAACAGAGUCUGUAUCCCCGAAAAUAAAACCUCCUGCUAGUUUAAACGGCACAAAACCAACAGAGAUGGGCUCGGACCUGUAUGGAAGGGCGAAAGGCAUUGCCAUGAGUGACCUCAUCACCACGGUGACGCCAGAGAAAAAGGUGGAGGAGAGGAAGGCAGAGGAGGAGGUGGAUGUGAAGGUGCAAGUCCAGGUGGAGGCGGAGGACGAAGACGACACCACGAGAGUCACCGAGGUCUCUCAGCCGAGUCCGACCUCUCCGAUACGACACGACACGAAGACCGAACUGACAGAUACAGCGGUCGACGGUGAACUGACAGCCACUGAGUCGGACCAGGAGGACGAGACUGACUUAAAGACACAGGACACAGUGGAAACUCCAGAGGAGCUGCUGAAACAUGCAACCAACAUCAGCGAGCUUAAGAGAUCCUUCAUGGAGACGGGGGUCGACAAGGCUGGCCUCACCGAGUGGGAGAAGAGGUUGUCUUCGUCCCCCCUACGCUCGCCGCGCCACGACGAGGCUCCCAUGAUUGAACCCCUGGAGCUUGACGAGGAUCCAUGUUUAGAGAGCAAAGAAGACGGGAGUGCCAUGGCCGCAGGCGGGAGCACUGAGGAGGAGACCCGGCACGGCCACGUGGAGACUGACACUACUGUGGACUCUGACGGGUGGGUAAUUGUAAGCCAUGUCCCUCCUAAGGUAUCCGAAAAGAGAAUCGUUUUUGACUAUAAGGUAACGGGCAUAACUCACACUUUGGCUGAAGGAGCGCUCGCCGGCGCCAGCGGUGACCUAGGCAACCAAGAGUUUGGUAAACCGCGCGAGAGCCUCCUCGGCGAGCUCUCCUCCAAGACGGAGGAGAUGAGGGAGAAGACGUACACCCUGGGGAAGUCCUACGACACUACGUCGGGCAAGAUUGUCAGCAUGACGACGCGGGCCAAAGAGGGCAGGGACGCGACCGCCCCGGUGUUCGCCAGGGAGCUGAAGAGGGCGGCGGACCAGUCGGCCGCCACAGUGAAGGUCAUUCCGGUGUCCGCGGAGUACGAUGCGCCGGCGAUCGGACCCCCCAUGAUCACCAUUAAGGAGGCCAGCACGCCCUCGCCGUCCGAGGGCUCGCCGCCCGUCCUGACUGCCAUUAGGGAGGUCAAGGCGCCCUCUCCGUCCGAGGCCCGGGUGCUGGUGUCGGUCCGCUCCGGACAGUACGGGGGAGACACUUCAACAGUUGACAGCAGGAGGCAGUUGAGGGAGACAUUUCUCCUGGGUGACAGGAGUACCAGCCCCGUGGCACCUCCCACUCCCCUCUCACCGCGCUCCCCUAUGGCAAAGUCCCCAAUGGCCAAGUCUCCCAUGACGAUGCCCAAGCCUGCCAUGGCGGACCUGCGUCUGAGCCCCGGCCCGGUGUCCUAUCUAUCCAGAACCCCGUCACCCUCUAAAGUGCCUAAGCCGUCCUUUGAGGAGAUGUCUCCAGAACUCACGACUCUCUUACAGUCGGCCCGAGAUCAGAGCAGCAUGCGGGGUUGGACGGCCUCGCAUGGUCAGGCCCUGUUUAAGACAACAGAGAAGGUGGAGCACAUGGUGCUGCAGACAGAGACGGUAUCAUCCCAGCACGGCGAACAGCCGACGCAGGACGAGGCUCAGCCGGAACCGGACGGCCAGCCCGACCGCGGGGAGAAGAGGGCGGAGCUGCACCCAGACCAGGUAGAGACUGGAUCACCUGAAGGGAUGGAGGAUGACGGGCCUCAGUCUGUGCACGGGUUUAUGGGGACACGCGUGCAUGCCGACGAAUCGGACGACUCGGACACGCCCAGCGAGGCCAGCGACACCAGCGACGCUGCUAGCAUAGCGUCGGUGGGGCCCGCCCUGACCGCCGCUGCCCAGGCCGCCGUCGACCAGGCCGUGGGGGCGGCGGUGAGGCAGGCGGAGGCCGAGGAGGGAACCCCAGUCUCGCGCUCGGGCGGGGACGCGGGCCCGGAGAGCGCGUCGGAGGAGUCAGAGUCAGGGGAGGAGGAGGUCUGGAAAGGGCGCUUCCCUCCCCCCUCCUCCGUGACCCGCUGUCCGACAACAGCGUCCUGGCAGAGUCUGAGUGGGGAGGUCGCUGCGGCUAGGGUUCACUCGGAGUCUUCAGAGGUCGUGACCUUCAACAGGGCACAGGGGGAGGAGGAGUCUGACACACUGCUUUCCCAGGAUCUCCCAGUGAUACACACCGAAACUAAAACCAUCACAUACGAGUCCAUGGAGGGCGAUGCCAACACUAAUCCUGAGGCGGGGAUUUUAAUGAGCGCCCAGACCAUCACCUCAGAGACCACCAGCACCACGACAACCACACAUAUCACCAAGACUGUGAAAGGAGGAAUCUCAGAAACAAGGAUUGAGAAGAGAAUUGUCAUCUCGGGUGAUGCCGACAUCGACCAUGAUGAGGCCUUGGCUCAGGCCAUAAAGGAGGCCAGAGAGCAGCACCCCGACAUGUCAGUGACCAAAGUAGUUGUCCACAAAGAGACUGAGAUCACACCGGAGAAGGGCGAAGAGUGACCGCAGGACUGAAAGAUCACCGGGUUCUGCAGCGUAACGUCGCGUUGUUCAGAGUACGGGACACAAAAGGGACACUGAUGUCGCCGACAGAUAAGCACUGCACUGUAGAAGUCACCACUACUCCUGCAUCUGAACACUACUGGACUAACCUCACCCGCAGUCCCCCACACACCAACCCUACUGGCAAACACCGACCCUUCAAAACUGGCCAGCCCUUCAUCAGAACAUGUAUAUUGCAUGAAAAGGGGAACAAAUCUGCAUUUUUGUAAAAGGAGUGAACAGAUGCAUUUUAGGAAAUAUCAAACUAGGUACUGGUAUAUAUGUUUUACUCAACCUGUGCACUCGGUGGGAGAAGAAUGUAUGUGAUGAGAGGUUUAAGAAUUGAUAGUAGGUACUUGUGUUUUAUUUAUUAUCAAACUGCUCACUUGGAAGAAGAAAAAAGCUAAUAGUAGGCUGAAUGUGUAUGAUCACACAAUAUUUAUCCAUGCAAUAUGUGCCAUUCAUCUUGCCACAAGUCCCUUUAUUUAUUCCCAAUGCUGAUUUUAUCUGAUUUACAGUAAGAUUGCCUGUAAGACGACUAAAACAAUAUGUAGCUAUGGUAUUGUUACAUUCAUUUGCUUAGUAGAAUAUAUCUUCGAAGAUAAUUUUGUUGUUUUUACUUUAAUUGUAUAUAUGUUUAUUUCUUCCUCCUACAAUUACAAGAUAAAUAUAUGGACAAUGAGGACGAUCUCAUAGAAGUGUGUGUUAGACAGGACAGUAAAACGAACUCCAUUGCUGUGACCUCCGAGUUGAUCAACAAAUCCUUUCAAAUGUGUCUUCAAACAGUGGACUUAACUUUCUUUCUGGGUUGUGUCUGAAAUGACGCCCUAGUUCCUAUGGGUCUGGUCAAGAGAAGUGCACUACUGUGAAUAGGGUGCCAUUUCAGACACAGCCUUGUUCAUUCUUAUGUUCUACCCAGAAUCCUCCUCUCAUUCCUGCGUGGCACUGCUAAGCCUUAAAACUGUGCAGAACAGACAGAUAACCUCCAGUACUACCCUGCAAUGUGUGUUUGUGUGCUUUGUUUCUCAAAGGCCCAUGUGUCAGCGGCCUAAACACACAGAGGCAUCAUGCCCACUGAACCUGAGGUGGCACACAAUGGGUGGCAUGUGCCCCCCACACCCCACCCACCACCAGUGUCAUCCGCUGGGGUGUGAAUUCAUCAUCAGUAGUGUCUUAUAUAGAACAAAUACUAAGGCAUUAUAUGUUUGGUCUUUGGUGCCCCCACAGAGUGAACAGAAGUAUGACGCCUCUGGUCCCGCCCCUUCAAACCAUCCGUAUUGAAUGUUUCCCACAUGAUAAAUAAAAGGAUAAAUACA